CGCAUCGUGCAAAGCAUGGCCGAUGCGGCCAAAGCGGCGAAUGUGGCCAUAGUCGCUGGCGACACCAAAGUGGUGGAAAAAGGCAAAGGAGACGGGGUAUUUAUCAGCACCACAGGGGUAGGCGCGCUGCCCCAGGCGCGCAGACCCUCAGGCGCGGGCGCCAAGGUGGGCGAUGCGGUGCUACUCAGUGGCAGCAUAGGGGAGCACGGCGUAGCAGUGCUAUCUAUCAGAGAAUCCUUGGAAUUUGAUACAAAAAUAGUCUCAGACUCGGCAGCGCUCAACGCUUUGGUGGAGACUUUGUACGCGGCUGUGCCAGCAGAAGCGGUGCAUGUGUUGCGCGACCCUACACGCGGCGGCCUGGCCACUACGCUCAAUGAAAUCUGCCGCCAAUCGGGCUGCGGUAUGCUCAUAGAAGAGGGCGCGAUUAUGGUGCAGCCUCAGGUGCAAGCGGCU